AUGCAAGCGCGAUCCUCUGUCCUCAGAGCCGCUGUUGAUGUGGAGAACGACGCGGCUCUAACAACAACAGCAGCGGCAACAGCGGCACCAACACCAGCAACAGCAGCAGCACAGCAGCCGCAUGGUGUGGACGCAGAUGAGGAGGAGGAGGAGGAGGAGGAGGAGGAGGAUCCAAGCGUGGACACGUCUGAGCGCGCACAGUUGUUGCCAGCAUCCCGGUGA